AUGCAGGUUCUCUUUGCCACAAGCAUCUAUGAAAAUGUUCGCUUUGGUAAAGAAAAUGCAACAAGAGCCGAAAUUGAAGAAGCAGCACGUCAAGCCAGUGCACACGAUUUCAUUAUGCAAUUACCGAAUAAAUAUGACACAGUUGUCGGUGAACGUGGUGUUCAGUUGAGUGGUGGUGAAAAGCAACGUGUGGCUUUAGCUCGUGCUCUUGUCAAACAGCCUGCCUUGCUUUUGCUGGAUGAAGCAACAAGUGCUCUUGAUAAUACCAAUGAAAAGAUUGUCCAAGAAGCACUCGAUCAAGCAUGCAAAGGUUUGCACGUAUCUUUCUGUUCCAAUCAUACCAUGUAA